AUGCAUAAUUUGGCCACGUGCUAUCAUCAGCAAGAGAGAUGGCAAGAGGCGGAAUCAUUGCAUACUAAACAGUUGGCUUUACAAAAGGAGACCUCUGGCGAAGAGCAUCUGGACACACUUGAAUGUAUGAGCAAGCUUGCUGUAACAUUAAAAUCACUUAGACAAAGUGAUGAAGCCAUUGAAUUGAUGACGGAAAGCUACGAUAAACAAAUUCAAUCCUUGGGAGCUGAAGAUUCUAUUGUACAAGCAUCCGCUGGGUAUUCGAGGAGCUGGAAGAAAGAGAGAGAGGAUAAGCAGGCUUGA